CGAAGAAGUCGGUGAGGGGAAAACAAAUAUGGCGUCUCUGAGCAGCGAUGAGUGGAGAGCCAUCUGCGACAAAUUCACCAACGCCCAAAACCUCGCCGAUGUAGAAUCUCGAAACGACCCAGAAAAUGACCCGUUUCGUUCCAAGUACAAAGCCCGGGAGCUUCUCAGAGAAAUCUACUGCUCACUCAAGAGUUUUGAAGCGGGUGAWGGCGAGGAGGAGGGCGGCGGGUCGACGGAGCGGCCGUUGGACGGCCAACUGGAGGAUGCUUUCGACCGGGGACUUCACGGCGACUCUCCGGCGGGGAUGCGGGCAGCUAAACUCGCGGCCGUGGAGUAUUACCUGGGCGUCAACCACGUARAUACAGAGGAGCUGUCAGCCGGACAGGAGCAUCUGAUGAACUCUAUCAAACUGCUGGAUAAAUGCAGAGUGUCGGCGGAGAAUGUGUCAUUGUUUAUUCAUGUCAGGAAUCAGCUGGGCAUCCUGUGGGCUGGCCGGGAUGAGACUGAGACGGCUCAAGGCUACCUGGAGACAGCRGAAUCUAUCUACCAACGUUACAUGAAGGAGGAUGGGAAGCCACCCACUGACAUGACAGAGUACUUUAGUACUGAGGAGAACUUGUUGAUGCACCAAGAAAGGACCAAGAGGUUUGARCUGGCUUACACCCACACCAUGUACUACCUUGCUCAAGUUUAUAAAAACCUUGGUGAGAAGGAGCGUGCUGCCACCUACUGCCACAGCACCCUGCAGAGACAGUUACAGUUGAACCAGUUCAGCCCGAUGGAGUGGGCCCUGAAUGCUGCUACGCUGUCUCAGUAUUAUAUCACAAAGGGCCGAUUCAUGGAAGGCAGACACUGCCUUGCAGCAGCUACUGUGAUUUCAGGCUUGGCAGGAGAGGUUCCCUCUGAAGCAGCAGCACGGGAGAGUGAAACGGAGAAUGAGCGCAGGGAGCAGCUCCGACAGAAGAGAGCAGAGAUUGCAAGAUGUUGGAUUAAAUACUGUCUAAAUAUCCUGCAGGAUGCCAAGAAACUGCUGGAGGACAACAUCGGUGAGCUGGAUACUGAUCGUCAAGAUGAACUGAGGAGAGCAAGAAGGCAAGAGGAGGAGGAGGAAGAGAAGGGGAGGAAGAGCGCUCUGCUGUUUGGUUCUGAAGACACCUUUGAUUCYAUCGCAAGUGUGGAAGAAAAGGUGAUGUGUUUACUCCCUUUGGACUUCACUGAAGCCAGAAGUGUGUUUUUGGUGGGACAGAACUAUGUAGCGCAGGCUAAAGAGUACUAUCAGAUGGACGGGUAUGUGACGGACCACAUUGAGAUCCUGCAGGAUCACAGCGCUCUGUUUAAGGUCCUGGCUUUUUUUGAAGAAGAUCUGGAGCGUCGAUGCAGAAUGCACAAAAGACGUGUUGACAUGUUGGAACCCAUCUGUAAUGACUUGAAUUCUCAGUACUACCUACUGAUCCGCAGACAGCUGAUGUUCGAAUUGGCUGAGACCUAUAAUGAAAUGAUGGACGAGAAGCUGACUCUGGCCAACAGACAAGCAGAUCUGCAGUCUUUAGACAACCACACCAUCAAGAAAGUCAACCAGCUCUGCUCCGCCUCUGCAAAGUACUUCCAGAUGUUCCUGGACUCUUUGUGCUCUCCACAGGGAAAGCCUCCUGAACACCUGGAAGAGGAGGUGCUCAGACCAGCUCUGGUGGCCCAUUUCAGAGUCGCCCGACUUUACAGCAAACUGAUCAGCACUUCUCCUUCGGUUCAGCUGGAAAACCUCAACAAAUCUCUGGAAAACUACAAGUACGUGGUGCAGUAUUGUGAGGAGCACCCUGAGGCAGCAGCCGCCGCAGAGACAGAGCUGGAGCUGAGUAAAGAUAUGGUCGGCCUCCUUCCUCUCAAAAUCAACCGCCUCAAGUCAAGGAUGACUGCAAACGACUGAAGAACCUUCUGUUUACUGUGUGUAUUUUCAUUUUUUUUUUUUUUUAUUUUGUCCUGUGUUGUGAGCAUGCUGCUUUCAAAAUACUGUUAAGUACAAUACAGGCUGUACAUACUGUGUGUGCUCUCAUAAGCAUAAUAAAUAUGAUGCUCACUUAACUUUUGAUUCUAAUUUACAAACGCACUCUGUUCAGUGUUAACAGUGCCACAACUGUGCUACUAGGGAGGCAAAAGGCAGUUGGGAACUGAUCCGGUUCUGUUAGCCCCUCCAGAAAAAUGUCUCCCUAUAAAUUUCGAUGUAGUUCCUCACUAACCCUUCCACCACACACUCACUCACGCCCACCCGCGUAACUUUAUCAUCAUAAUGUUAUUUUACCAACGAAACGAGCUGCCCGUAAUAUAUUUUGCCAAAUCAGCUGUAUUGAUUUGAUUUCAUAAUCUUUGAUUCAAACGUCGUUUUUCUUAACUUAAUGCUGGUUCUCGUUUACUGUAGUUUCUAUUUUCUAAACGUUUUCUUUGAUUCUGCCUCACAUUGCAGCACAGAUGUCGGCGCACACUCAAACCAGGAUUCUUGUGGUGAUGACAAUAAGCAGCUUGAGGUGAAGUUGAGUCAGUUUUAACUGAAAGCUUAUUCAGAAAUGGGAGACGCUGUUUCUGUGAAGUCAGAAAAUCUGCUGACAUGUGGACUUUGUUGUGCUGCUAGAUUAGCUUACAUCAUACUCUGCAUGAUCGUCUUCUGUCUAUCUGUUCUAUCUUUGUUAUAAGAGUGUAAGGCUGAACCCUUACACACCUAACUUUUGUGCUGGUGCGCCUAAGAAAAAAUGUCAGGCGCACCGGUGCAACCAGUGCAAAAAGUUAGUCUAGAGCUUGUAUGUAAAACUGAAGCAAAAAAGUCUAAAACUGUCCAAUAAAGCUAAAUUCAUCUGAA